GUCGCCGCUACUGGCCAUUUUACUCAUGUUGGCUUUCACCCAGGAAGAAGAUGUGGCGGGAAAUCUCACAGAAAGCAUACCAGGAACUGAAGGAACUUUCAUCAAUCCGACGGAUGUAUUUGUCCGAUUGAAAUUGAUGAGUCAGAUGUGAUUCGUGUCCAAAGUGUGAAACGCUUCCUCCCGGGUUUCAUCCCUUUCAAAGGACAGCAAAGCACGUGUCACCUCUUCUAUUAGGGAUAACAAUGUUCUUUUUUCAGGCUCUUCUUCCAUUUCAAUUAAGCUUACCCUUUUGACAACUUUACACUUGGCUAGGCUCUUUAAGAUGAACAACUCCUCUCAGCAUGGUCAAAAUGAAGAGUCUGAACCAAUUGUGCCAGGAUUUGAAGCCCCGCCAUCGCCUGAGUCAAGUUAUGACAAUGUCUACAACCUCAAUGAAGAUGAAAAGCACCCCCCGCCUGAGCUUCCUCCACAUCUAGAGAAACCCCCGCCUGAGCUUCCUAUACAUCUAGAGAAACCCCUGACCUUCCAGAGAAUAACCUCGGGUGAAGUGACACUCGACCAGCCACCCAAUUCUGUGGCCUUAAACCAUCUGUACACCAUUGUCGACGACAGGAAGUUUCCUUGGGAACCUGUGGGAUUUGCAACAACUGAAUGUUUUGGCUCAAAAUAUACGACGGUUGUGGUUUACCAACAACCUCCUCAGAGGUGAAAUGGCAGCCGCAGCUGUUCCUGGAUGCACAAGUGUAAGGGAAAAUUCCCUAAAUAGGAGUAAAAAAAAAAUUGAAAUUCCAAAACAGGACUGCAAUGUUUUUAUUCCUUAAAUAGGAUUAAUUUCUGCCAAGUUUGGAAUUACCCUGCUUUAAACAUGACAAUUUUAUGGCAGAAAUUACUCUUAUUUAGCGAAUAAAACCAUGAAGGUCUUUACUCUUAUUCAGGACAAUUUCUAUAACGGUAAUGUAGUAAGUGACAAAUAUUUAUUUAUUACAAGUGUCAAACAACUUUCGAGUUUUGGUUUGUUGGCAUAAAUUCAUUGUGUGCAUUUGAGAAUGCAGAGAGAUACUUCCUCAACAUAAACUGAUCGAUUCUGCAAUGU